AAUAAAGCUUAGCAAAAUAAAGCUUAGCAGAGCAAAGCAUAAACCUCAAAAGAACAUGACCUAAUACAGUAAUAUACGAUCUUAAGACAUGUACCACUACCACACUUUAUGCAAUAAUACUGGAUUUUAAGACUAACUAAUAAAAAAAGCAAUAUAAAAAGCUUUGGGCUCUCCAAAUUAUUCCCUUGACUGUCCCACAUUCCAUUUUCUCUCUCCUCCAAAAUCUUCCAUUUUGGCCCUUCUCAACUAAGAUCUCUGCUGCAGUCACUCUCUCACUCUUCUUUCUUUUGUUCUUCCUCGUUUCUUUUCCUUUAAUUAGAACAACUUCCCCAAAAAAAAUUAGUGAAAAAUCUACUACCUUGUUUGUUAGCUUCUUGUUUAGGAGUAUUUAUCAAUACAUUCUCAUUUUCCCCUUUUUGUUUGUGUUUUUUUUGCUUUAAACUCAAGUGCCCUUCAAUUUUAGGGCAAUAUACCCUUAAAAAUCAAACCAUGUAUUCUCCCAAUUGGGUACAUUUGCUUCAUCUUUGAUCUAUCUUACCCUUCCUUUAUUCUGGCAUUUUAACCCAGAAAGAUUGAAUCUUUACCUUCAAAAAUAGCCAAAAAAAAUAAAAUAAAAAAUGGUAGUGAAAAUUUUGCUGUUGUUUCUGCUGCUAAUAAUACCCUCUGUUGUGCUGUGUUUGGAUGCAUUGAAUGAUGAUGUUCUUGGGUUAAUAGUUUUUAAGGCAGGUCUUCAAGACCCAGAAUCAAAGUUAUUGUCUUGGAAUGAAAGUGAUGAUAGUCCUUGUAAAUGGGGUGGUAUUAAAUGUGAUCCUGCUACUAACAGGGUUACUCAGCUUAAUCUUGAUAAUUUUUCACUUUCUGGUCAGAUUAGCCGAGGUCUUUUGCGACUUCAAUCCCUUCAAAUAAUCUCUCUUGCUAAUAAUAAUCUUUCUGGGAGUGUUAAUCCUGAGUUUGCUCAUCUUUGGGGCUUGCAAUCUAUUGAUUUGAGUGGAAAUAAUUUAUCUGGGUUUAUUCCUAGUGAGCUUUUUGAACAAUGUGGGUCUUUAAAGUCUGUUUCUUUUGCUAAUAAUGGGUUAUCUGGUGUAUUACCAGAAUCUUUGAGCUCCUGUAUGACAUUACAGUCUGUUAACCUGUCGUCGAAUCGAAUUUCGGGUAAUCUGCCUGAAAAGAUUUGGUCUUUGAAUGGAUUGCAGUCUCUUGAUUUGUCUGAUAAUCUGUUGGAAGGUGAAAUUCCUCAAGGUUUUGGAGGAAUGUACAGUUUGAGGGUGAUUAGUCUGAGGAAGAAUGCAUUUUCUGGGGUUUUACCAGAAGAUAUUGGGAGCUGUUUACAGUUGCAGUCGGUUAAUUUUGGUGAAAAUUCAUUUUCUGGGGUGAUUCCAGAAUCAUUGCAGAAGCUUAAUAUGUGUAGUUCAGUAAGUUUGAAUGGAAAUUUACUGAGUGGGGAAGUUCCUGAUUGGAUUGGGCAUAUGCAAAGCCUUGAAAGUCUGGAUCUUUCGACGAAUCGAUUCUUUGGAAGAAUCCCUUUUACUUUAGGGAACAUUAGAUCAUUGAAGGAAUUGAAUUUAUCCUCUAAUGGAAUCACAGGUGGAUUGCCUCAAUCUCUGAUGAACUGUGAUAAUCUUCUGGCUCUUGAUGUUAGUAAGAAUUUGUUAAAAGGGAAAAUGCCUAACUGGAUUUUUGAGAUGGGUUUACAGAAAUUCUCAUUGUCUAGGAAUAAAUUCAAAGGAAUGAUUGAAUUUCCUUCUCUAAGAACAAAUGCAUUGUCUUAUCAGAGCCUUCAGGUUCUGGACUUAUCUUCGAACGAGUUAUCCGGUGUGAUUCCAUCUGAGAUAAAUGCUUAUAGAGGCUUAAAGUUUCUGGAUAUGUCUGGCAAUUUGUUAAUAGGCUCAAUUCCAAGUACUGUGGGUGACUUGAAUAUGGUUCAAGUUAUUGACUUGAGUUACAAUAUGUUAAAUGGAAGCAUCCCUUCGGAAAUUGGAGGUGCAAUCGCGCUUAGAGAGCUUAGGCUUGGAGGGAACCGCUUAACCGGGCAUAUCCCACCUCAGAUUGAGAACUGCUCAUCCUUGACAGCAUUAGUCCUGUCAAAGAACAAUCUCACAGGUCCUGUACCUCCUACAAUAGCAAAAUUGACCAACCUUGAGAUUGCUGAUUUGUCCUAUAACAAUCUCUCUGGCAACUUACCAAAAGAACUUACUGAUCUUUCCCACUUAACUGUCUUCAACGUUUCGAACAACAACCUUGAAGGGGAACUUCCUGCGGGUGGCUUCUUUGAUUCCAUUCCUCUCACAUCAGUAUACGGAAAUCCAUCCCUGUGUGGAUCAGUUGUUAAUCAGUCUUGCCCUGCAGUCCACCCUAAGCCUAUUGUCCUCAACCCGAAUCCAUCAACUAAUUCUGAUGAUGACUCUUUCCCUUCGAAUUCCCAUCACAAGAAGCUUAUGCUCAGUGUCUCAGCUUUAAUUGCCAUUGGUGCUGCUGCUUUUAUCUUCCUUGGUGUGGUGAUCAUCUCUCUCCUCAACCUUCAUGUCCGAAAUUCUUCUCACCAAUUGGCGGCCCCCAUGGAAUUCUCUGGCAAAGAUGAGUUCAGUGGUUCUCCAAUGAGUGAUUCCCAAUAUGGAAAACUAGUCAUGUUCUCUGGUGAAGCUGAUUUUGGAUCGGGGGCUCAUGCUCUCCUGAACAAGGACUCUGAGCUAGGUCGUGGAGGGUUCGGAGUGGUUUACCAUACGGUUCUAGGGGAUGGGCGCUCAGCUGCAAUCAAGAAGCUCAACAUCUCAAGUUUAAUCAAGUCUCAAGAAGAGUUCGAGAGGGAGGUCAAGAAGCUAGGCAAAGUGAGGCACCAUAAUCUUGUGGCGCUAGAAGGGUAUUACUGGACCCCUUCUUUGCAACUCCUGAUCAACGAGUAUGUUCCAGGUGGGAGUUUGUUUAAGCACCUCCACGAAGAUCCUAGCCGAACAUCUCUCUCAUGGCACCAAAGGUUCAAUAUAGUUGUUGGGUUGGCGAAGGGUUUAGACCAUCUGCAUAAAAUGAACAUAGUUCACUAUAAUCUCAAAUCCUCAAAUAUUCUGAUUGACAACUCCGACGAAGCUAAGGUUGGAGACUUUGGGUUAGCAAGAUUGUUGCCUAUGCUAGACCGUUACAUAUUGAGCAGCAAGAUUCAGAGUGCACUCGGGUACAUGGCACCUGAAUUUGCCUGUAAAACUGUCAAGAUAACAGAGAAGUGUGAUGUUUAUGGUUUUGGAAUAUUAGUCCUUGAAGUUGUAACUGGAAGAAAGCCAGUAGAAUACAUGGAAGAUGAUGUUGUUGUGCUUGCUGAGAUGGUUAGAGGAGCACUCGAGGAGGGAAAGGCAGAGGACUGUAUCGAUCAGAGACUUCAAGGGAAUUUUGUCGCAGAAGAGGUUGUUCCAGUGAUUAAGCUUGGUUUGAUAUGUGCGUCCCAAGUUCCAUCAAAUCGGCCAGACAUGGCAGAAGUGGUUAACAUUUUGGAACUCAUCCAAUGCCCUUCAGAAGGAAGAGAUGAGGAGAUCGAACAGGUUUAGGUUAGUCUUAUACCACAUUAAGAGGAAUGUAUAUGGUGGCUUUGAAGCGACAAAAAGGUCAAAUUAGUUAUAUUUUGGUUUGUGAAGCAACAGGAAGAAGAGGGUAUAUAGAAAAUGUCAUUUCCCUUUCAACAUCUUUUGUCAAUUGUUUAUUUGGCAUAUUUGUUUGAUGUAAUCCUUUUUGGUGUGUUUGGCACCACAUAUAGCGGUUUUUUGAGUAUCGUUCUGUAUACAGCAUACUCAAAUUUUGGCUGUGUUCAUUGCAAA